AUGGAGCACGUAGUAGCCAGGGUCGCAGGUGUUCAAAAGCCAGUGGAUAUGCCGUUACGGCUCCUGAAGAAACAACAGUGGGUUAGAUGUGCUUUGGACUGCAGUCACAAGAGAGUGCUGAGGAAAGAAGCAUUUAUUGAACUGUGCACCUCCAACCCGUACACACCGUUGUGUGAGCGAAUGUCUAAAAGCGAAGGCAUAAAAUUCCUUCAGGCGCUUCAUAACGCAAGGCAAGUAAUAGUAGUGCAAGAUUACGUGUACAUCAAUCCAGCUGAUGUUGUUGACGCUGUUCAUGUGCGAUUAGAACUUCCUAAUGUUGCGCGGAGGGCACCUGUAACCUCACGAAAUUGCUCUUCUGGACAACCCAAGGACUCUGAAGUAACUUUGAGAAGUGACAUGGAGCGCCGCCGCUUCUUCUGGGCCAUUGUUUCCCUCCUCAGUAGUGCCCAAAUGUCAAUUUUAGCUUACUUGACGUUUAGUGUUUAUGGUUGGAGUGUCAUGGAGCCUAUUUGCUAUUUUGUAACAACCUCAACGUCACUUUGUGCUUACGCCUAUGGUCUUUGCUACAAGAGGAACUGCUCAUAUGAGGCUAUUGACUCCCAGUUGGCGUCUUCAGACACUUUGGUGGAAGGAAAGUCCCCUUCCACCGUGUGUACACAACCAUUUUUCAUGGAAGCAGUGGAACUUUUGCGGACCGUGCAAGCGGAAAGCGACAACAGUGGAUUGGCUGAAGCUUCUUCUUCCGAUACCAAAGACAAAGCUUAA